AUGAAGAGGCCAAGGAUAGUGCAAGACGAAAGUCCGAUCAGGGCCAUCGCCUGUCUCAAAAAAAUCGACGACAUUAAACGUUUCGAGGAAACUGAUGAUUGUUUCAUCCUAGGAUUCGAUCCUACCGAAACUACUCCCAUCAAAGAUGCAGAUGUAAAAGUUUCCUCUAAAUCUUACGGCAAAGACGCCGAUGAUGAUAUCUGCGUUCUUGCUGAAAAGGGCAAGAUAGCUCUUAGAGAUUAUCCUCAUUCAAGACAUCUAUGUCUGAAAUUUCCGUUCAAGACUACUCCUAGUGAAAGCUAUUGUGAAAAGUGCUACUGUUAUGUUUGUGACUCUGCUGCACCAUGUAUGUACUGGACCGCGUCCAGGCAUUGCGCUGCGGAGAAUUCCGGUCACUGGAAGGAUAAGAGGAAAGUCAGAAAGAGGGUUUAUUAA